AUGGCAUCCGUUACUUCAAAGAUAUUUGCUAUUACAGGAGGCGCAUCUGGAAUUGGCGCAGCCACCUGCCGCCUACUUGCGCAGCGGGAAGCUGCUGCUCUUUGUCUUGGGGACCUUUCCAGCGAAAACAUGAAGCAACUAGAGAGGGAAAUAAAAGAAAUCAACCCUGAAACAAAAGUUCACUGCACUGUCCUUGAUGUAUCGUCAUCAUCAGAGGUCGAUGAAUGGGUCAAAGCAAUUAUCACUACGUUUGGAGAGCUUCAUGGAGCAGCCAACAUUGCAGGCAUUGCCCAGGGUGCUGGUUUGAGGCAGACGCCGACCCUCCUAGAAGAGGACGAUGAGCAGUGGAAGAAGGUAUUCCGGGUAAACCUUGACGGUAUUCUGUAUUCCACCCGAGCAGAAGUCCGAGCAAUGAAGGAAUAUUCGUUGACAAGCCCUGGGGACCGAAGUAUUGUCAACGUGGCUAGUAUAGCAUCAAUGGCUCACAUGCCGGAUGUUUUCGCCUACGGAACUUCAAAGGCAGGAUGUGCUUAUUUCACUACCUGUGUUGCACAGGAUGUGAUGCCAUUUGGAAUACGAGCUAAUACUGUUUCCCCUGGCAUCACAAGGACCCCGAUGCUACCGAAGUUUGUACCAAAUGCAAAAACGCAAGAAGAGGUCGAAGAGACGUACAAGAAGGAAGGUUACUCUGUCAUUGAAGCUGAUGACGUUGCCCGGACUAUCGUGUGGCUGUUGAGUGAAGAUUCUCGUCCUGUCUUCGGGGCCAAUAUCAAUGUUGGUGCUUGCAUGCCGUGA